CAUCCAGCUUAUUGACUGUAUUGGUUCUUUGCUCCUUUUUAUUGCUGAGUGAUAGUUCAUUGUAUAGUAGAUAUAUUAUAAUUCGCUUAUUCAUUCACCAGUUGAUGGAAAUUUAUUUCCAGUUUUUGGCUAUUACAUAUGAAGCUACUCUAAAGAUUCCCCUACAAGUCUUUGUGUGGAUACAAGUUUAGAUUUAUCUUGGGUAAAUAUGCGAAUGCUGGGUUGUAUGUUAAUUAUAUGUUUGACACUUUAAGAACCUGCCAAACUGUUUUCCAGAGUGGCUGUACCAUCAACAGCAAUAAAAGAGAAUUCCAAGUUGUUCCAAAUCCUUGGUAACUUAUUAGUAUUUUUUGAAAAGCAAAACUUUUUCAUUUUGAUGAAGUUAAAUUUCUUCUUUUAGGUUUCCAGCUUUUAAAUUUUUUAUACUUUAUAAGUACACACAUUUAAAUAUUAUAUAGAGUUUCUGCUAAGUUUUCUCUAAAAAGUUUUAGAUUUAGAUCUUGUAUUUAGAUUUAGCUGUAUGAUCAGUUUCAAGUAAAUUUUUACAUGGGGUGUGAAUUAAGGGUUGACGUUUCUUUCUUUCUUCUUUUUUUUGUAUAUAUGGAUGUCUAGCUGUUCUAACAUUUGUUGAAUAUUCUGCCAUUCCUGGGGCUUUAGAUUAGUACUUUUUCCACCUUCGUGGUCACACGAUGACUGCAGCCAUUUUAACCAUCACAUCAGAGACUAUCUCUUUCAAGAAUGUGUCCAGGAAAUUUCUUUUCACCUCUUGUUACCUAGACUCAGCACAUGCUUAUUUUGUACUGUCUAAACCAAUCAUGGGAAUUGGAAUGGGGCCAGCAUGAUUCACUUAUUCAUUGAAGAAGAAAAUGGUUGUCCAUAUUCUUUCUAGGGGUUGGGGAUACAGUAGUGAUGAAAACAGGCAAAAAUGUUGCCUGACCUCGUGAAACAUACAAUUUACUGAAAAAGAUUGUCUUUUGUCAAAAUAAAUAAUAAACUGUAUAAUAUAUUGCUGUAUAGCAGUAGGUACUGGGGAAAAUACAGGGAAAGAGGCUAUGAAAUAUUGUGGGUGGGCUGAAAUUUCAGAUAAGAUGUUUAGGAAAGGUCUCACUGAACUGACUUUUAAAUAAAGACCUGAAGGAAGUGAUGGAGUAGGCCAUACAGAUACCAGGUUGGAGAGUGGUCCAGGUGGCAGGAAAUGUGAAAAGUUCUUGAGAACAGAUACCAGGUUGGAGAGUGGUCCAGGUGGCAGGAAAUGUGAAAAGUUCUUGAGAACAACAGGCCACUGUGGUUGAAGAGAGUAAUAGGAGAUUGGGGAGUGGGAGUGUAUAAUAGGUAGAUCAUCACUGUUGUUUUCAACAAGUGGCAAUUUCGGCAAAAUUUGGUCAUGUUGGGGGACAUUUUGGUUGUUAUAACUUGUGUGGGAGGGAGCGCUGAGGAGACCAGGGAUACUGCUAAAUAUCCUGCAAUGCACAGGACAGCCUACCUCUCAAUCCUCCUCCUCCUCCUAUAUCCCCAACAAAGAAUUAUCCAGGCUGACUCUCAAUAGUGCCCAGGUUGAGAAAUGCUGUUUAAAGUCAUAGCGAAGACUGGCUAAUUGUGAAUAAAUUGGAAUAACACUGAAUUGUUUUAAGCUCAGUAAUUAUUUAAGCUUUAAGGAUCAUGUGGCUGCUUGUUGUGAACAGACUAAAGGUAUAAGAGGGUAUAAAACAUUUAGGAGGGUAAUACAAUUACCUAGAGAAAAAAUAUGGUUUGGGCCAGAAUGCAGGUAAGGGUGCUAAGUGAUAGAUGCUGGAUAUAUUUUGAAGGUCGAGCCAACAGGAUUUACUAACACUGGAUACAUGCCUGUAGGGAGAGGAACCACCUACAAGUAAUCUGCUGUGGCUGCUACUGGAGUUGUGUCUUCUCAAAAGGGAGCCGGGGAAGUGGUGGAAAGCUGAAUAAAUUUGGAAAAGAGGAAAGAGUACCCAAUAUGGAUAUUAGGAUCAGUAACCAAUUGCAUCUGUUACAUAAAUAUCUUACGAAAAUAAGGACACUGUUGGACCAGUGAAUGACUAAGGGCACAAUUAUUCCUGGGCUAAGUUUCUUUAAAAAUACUUUUUUGUUUGUUUUUAGAAACGUCUACUCAUGCCAUCUUUCAUUUUGGUGACAGUCUGAAAGAUGUAGGAAGUCCCAAUUCCUUAUUCUAUCAAAGUCGUUAAAGGGCUCCAAUUUUCCUUUCAGUAUUUGCAUCCCAACCAAUUAUUGGUGGUUCCUAUGUAGAAUGCUGAGGUAUUAAUAAUCUGUUUCUAAGCAUUUGUUUGGUUUAGUCUAAAAUAUAAGCUUACUAUGAGUCUUUUUUUUCUUUCCUUCGAGACGGAGUUUCGCUCUUGUUGUCCAGGCUGGGGUGCAGUGGCACGCUCUCUGCUCACUGCAAUCUCCGCUUCCCGGGUUCAAGUGCUUCUGCCUCAGCCUCCCGAGUAGCUGGGAUUACAGGCGUCCGCCACCACGCCUGGCUAAUUUUUUGUAUUUUUAGUAGAGAUGGGGUUUCACCAUGUUGGCCAGGCUGGUCUCAAACUCCUGACCUCAGAUGAUCCACCCACCUCGGCCUCCCAGAGUGCUGGGAGUAUAGGCGUUAGCCACUGUGCCUGGCCCCUAUGAGUCUUUAUGUAUUAGAGAACUGCUUAAUAAAGUCCUCACCUUAUCUGUCAUAAUCUUAUAACCAAUAGCCUUAUAAUCUAAUAACUAGGGUUAUUUCCAUUUCACAGACAAAAAAAUCCUGAAGUUUGUUAAUUACGGUGUUAAAUUAUCCAACGAUUAAUGGCAGAAAUAGGUCCUGAACCAAUAUGCCCUUGAGAAUUUAAACGAGGUGAGUUACAUACAGGCCCUCCUAAGUCUUCGCUAGUACUAGUUAGUUGCUCGGCGAGAGCUCGAUAAGGACUAGCCAUUUGGAAGCUCGUAGUACUCAGGUUGUGGUACAGGAGAUCUAACACUCCUCCUACACAAAUGCAUGUCAUGUAUUUCGUACCAAACUGGUCUGGCGGCGGCUCUUCGUCCAGACGCUGGCGGGCCAGGGUGGAGGUAAUAACACAGCUCCCAUUCCCCAUGUAGCCGCGCCCUCUCCUCCCCCUGGGCGUCUCCGGGGCGUGGACAGGUCGCUGAAAGGAACCGGCUGCGGCCUGUGUGAGGCUCCGCGGGCCGCUGCACUGCGAGGCCGACGCAGCUGCAGAGAGGUUAGGGCCGGCUCGAGUGCUGGGCCCGCCUCCCCGCGGGACUGUAGGCCCGGGGGCUCCGCCUCGUCCCAGCAGCAGGCAGGAGGCUGUGCGCGCGGCCCGGCGGCGGGGGAUCCUGAGGACUGAAGUGAUGCCACCAAAAAGAAAUGAAAAAUACAAACUUCCUAUUCCACUUCCAGAAGGCAAGGUUCUGGAUGAUAUGGAAGGCAAUCAGUGGAUGCUGGGCAAGAAGAUUGGCUCUGGAGGAUUUGGAUUGAUAUAUUUAGCUUUCUCCACAAAUAAACCAGAGAAAGAUGCAAGACAUGUAGUAAAAGUGGAAUAUCAAGAAAAUGGCCCGUUAUUUUCAGAACUUAAAUUUUAUCAGAGAGUUGCGAAAAAAGACUGUAUCAAAAAGUGGAUAGAACGCAAACAACUUGAUUAUUUAGGAAUUCCUCUGUUUUAUGGAUCUGGUCUGACUGAAUUCAAGGGAAGAAGUUACAGAUUUAUGGUAGUGGAAAGACUAGGAAUAGAUUUACAGAAGAUCUCAGGCCAGAAUGGUACCUUUAAAAAGUCAACUGUCCUGCAAUUAGGUAUCCGAAUGUUGGAUGUACUGGAAUAUAUACAUGAAAAUGAAUAUGUUCAUGGUGAUAUAAAAGCAUCAAAUCUACUUUUGGGUUACAAAAAUCCAGACCGGGUUUAUCUUGCAGAUUAUGGACUUUCCUACAGAUAUUGUCCCAAUGGGAACCACAAACAGUAUCAGGAAAAUCCUAGAAAAGGCCAUAAUGGGACAAUAGAGUUUACCAGCUUGGAUGCCCACAAGGGAGUAGCCCUGUCCAGACGAAGUGACAUUGAGAUCCUCGGCUACUGCAUGCUGCGGUGGUUAUGUGGGAAACUUCCCUGGGAACAGAACCUGAAGGACCCUGUGGCUGUGCAGACUGCUAAAACAAAUCUGUUGGACGAGCUCCCCCAGUCAGUGCUUAAAUGGGCUCCUUCUGGAAGCAGUUGCUGUGAAAUAGCCCAAUUUUUGGUAUGUGCUCAUAGUUUAGCAUAUGAUGAAAAGCCAAACUAUCAAGCCCUCAAGAAAAUUUUGAACCCUCAUGGACUACCUUUAGGACCACUGGACUUUUCCACAAAAGGACAGAGUAUAAAUGUCCAUACUCCAAACAGUCAAAAAAUUGAUUCACAAAAGGCUGCAACAAAGCAAGUCAACAAGGCACACAAUAGGUUAAUCGAAAAAAAAGUCCACAGUGAGAGAAGCACUGAGUCCUGUGCAACAUGGAAAGAAGUGCAAAAAGAGGAGAAACUGAUUGGAUUGAUGAACAAUGAAGCAGCUCAGGUUGAUUCACAAAAGGCUGCAACAAAGCAAGUCAACAAGGCACACAAUAGGUUAAUCGAAAAAAAAGUCCACAGUGAGAGAAGCACUGAGUCCUGUGCAACAUGGAAAGAAGUGCAAAAAGAGGAGAAACUGAUUGGAUUGAUGAACAAUGAAGCAGCUCAGGAAAGCACUAGGAGAAGACAGAAAUAUCAAGAGUCUCAAGAACUUUUGAAUGAAGUAAACAAUUUCCCACAAAAAAUCAGCUAUAGACAACUCCCAAACUCAUUUUAUGAACCUCAUCAAGAUUUUACCAGUCCAGAUAUAUUCAAGAAGUCAAGAUCUCCACCUUGGUAUAAAUACACUUCCACAGUCAGCACGGGGAUCACAGACUUAGAAAGUUCAACUGGACUUUGGCCUACAAUUUCCCAGUUUACUCUUAGUGAAGAGACAAAGGCAGAUGUUUAUUAUUAUCGCAUCAUCAUACCUGUCCUUUUGCUGUUAGUAUGUCUUGCUUUAUAUUUUCUCUGAAGAUAUCAAAAUUCCUUUUGAUAAUUUUUUAAGUAAGUUUCCAGCUCUUCACCGAAAUGUUAUAUUCUUAUUUCAGUGUUUCCUUCCAGACAUUUUUAAGGUAAUUGGCUUUAAAAAGAGAACAUAUUUUAACAAAGUUUGUGGACACUCUAAAAAAUAAAAUUGCUUUGUACUAGAAA